CCACAAGGAUGAGAAAAACAUCAAAUCAUCCGGGCAAUGUCCCCUGGGCAACGUCCUUGCAGAUGGCCAAUUCUCUCACACCAGAAGCGACUUGCAGUUUCUCGAGUCGCUCCUGACACAAUAUACCUACAUGACAGCCCAUUGGUGUUGAUGAGCAUCUGUGUGGUGGGUUUGGCUGGACAGGGUGGCCCUUGGACUCCUCUCCUAACCCAAGGGAUCUCCCCAGCUCUGGGGUCCUGCACUUCCCUGGCCCUCUUCCUCCACGAACCUGCUCAGGCUAGAUGGGCCUCUGUCGGGAGGGCUUGGGUGCCUUCCUUUCUCUCCCUUCCUUUUGCAGUGAGGUCUUGCGCACAGCGGAUGGGGGCCAGGUCCUGCUGGACUGGGCUGAAGAGGAGAGUGAGGAGGAGGAGGAGGAAGGUGAGAGCCAGGAGUGUGUCCGCCCCAUCGUGCUCUUCCUCCCGGGACUGACCGGGAGCAGCCAGGAGCCCUACAUCCGGCACCUGGUGCGCUCCGCCCGGCAACAGGGGUACAGGGCCGUGGUCUUCAAUAACCGGGGCUGCAAGGGAGAGGAGCUGCUGACCCCCCGGGCGUUCUGCGCAGACAACACGGAGGACCUGGAGCUGGUGGUGUCGCACAUCAAGGGCCGCUUCCCCAGAGCCCCCCUCAUGGCCGUGGGCAUCUCCCUGGGAGGGAUCCUGGUGCUGAACUUCCUGGGCCGGAGGGGGUCGGAGGCGGGCCUGGUGGCGGCCAUGACCUGCUCGGCCAGCUGGGACGCCCUGGAGACCACCGCCUCCCUGGAGCAGCCCCUCAACCGCCUCCUCUUCAACCGGCGCCUCACCGCCAACCUGCGCGGCCUCAUCCAGAAGCACAGGAAGGUCAUCGAAGGCCUGCUGGACGUGGACAGUGUGCUGAAGGCCCGCAGUAUCCGCGAAUUCGACGAACGCUACACGGCCGUAGCCUUUGGGUACCCGUCCUGCGAGGCCUACUACCACUCCUCCAGCCCUUUCCGCCGGGUGGGGGGCAUCCGGGUGCCGGUCCUGUGCCUCAACGCCUCCGACGACCCCUUCUCCCCACACCACGCGCUGCCCACGGAGGCCGCGCAGGAGAGCCCGGCGGUGGCUCUGCUGGUGACGUCCAGGGGGGGCCACAUCGGCUUCCUGGAGGGGCUCUUCCCGCGGCACCAGAGCUACAUGGACCGCGUCUUCGCCCAGUUCGUGGCCGCCGUCUUCGGGAACCUGCAGGAGCUGGCCCAAGCCACGCAGGCCGUGACCAAAGGAGAGGAAGGGUCCCGGGGAGAGGAGACCCCCCAGGAAGGGACCGGGGCCACUUCUGUGCCUCUGGUGGCCCUAUGAGGACCCCCACCACCACCCCACCCUUGUACUUUGCCGUCUCUUUUGCGGGAAGAAGAGCCAGGAGUCUCACCUUGACGUGCCUUUACGUUGGAUCAGAAUACAGGGCUGUUUUCCCAA